ACGAUGCACAGAUGCCUGACGGUUUCAUAGGCCGACGGCUGUAUGUGUGUAGACGCAGUUUUCUUGCAGCAGGGACACACAACGUAAAAGCGCGCUAGAGAGUAUCAUUACGGAGCUCGUGGUCGCAGGAAACGACACGAUGUCUUUAGUUUCCUGUGCUGAUGGGAGAAAAUGGCAGAGAUUCUGGCAGUGUAUACUUUUGCUAACUGGAGUUAUCACACAGUGCCAGGGAGCUAACAUUCUGUCAGUUAUGUCAGUUCCAAGCAAGAGCCACAUGGUCUUUUUGUCACCACUGCUUCAUGAACUAGCACAGAGAGGACAUAAUUUGACUGUGAUUAGUCCAUUCCCACAGUCUCCCCCGGUCAAGAACAUAAGAGAUAUUAAAUUGAAUGUCACAAUGGACAGCUUCCGAAAAGAGAGAAACAUGUCCCUGUUUGAAAUGGGUGAAGUUAACCCAUUUAUUUUACUUCUCUUCUCUAGCACCAUUGGAAGUUCAAUGUGCAAGAACGCUAUCAGUACACCAGAAGUACAAGAUCUAAUAACAUCCAAUAAUCAGAAGUUCGAUCUCCUCAUAGCUGGAGUUUUCACAGAGUGUUUUCUUGGAUUGGCUCACAAGUAUAAUGCCAGUAUUAUACAACAAAUUCCUAAUACUCUAGCAUUUGUGAUGGGUGAUGCAGUUGGCAAUCCUGCUGCAUAUGCCUACAUUCCUGACAUAAUGCUUGAUAUUCCUGUGAAUAUGAAUUUUUUACAACGGACAUUAAACAGUGUGUAUGGGCUCCUUGUUGAAUUACUGCGAUUCUUUGUUUAUGUGCCCAAUCAACAAGAAAUUAUGUUGUCAUAUUCUAGGAAUAUUGAUAAUUUACCAUCUGUUGUGAAAUUGUUCAAAAGCAGUUCCCUGGUUCUCAUCAACAACCAUGAAAGCAUAGGCCUUUCCAGGCCACUAACACCAAAUACAAUUCAAGUUGGAGGAAUGCAUAUUAAACCUGCAAAAGAUCUUCCAAAGGACCUUAAAACAAUUUUGGAUAAUUCAAAAGAAGGAGCUAUAUUCUUCAGUCUGGGAACAAAUGUUCAAGCUUCUGAAAUGCCAAAUGACAAGUUCAUUGCCUUUAUGAAAGCUUUCUCAAAGCUGAAGCAAGAAGUACUGUGGAAAUGGGAUCAAGAUACUAUGGUUGGGAAGCCAAAUAAUGUACAUCUUGGGAAAUGGUUUCCCCAAAAUGAUAUUUUGGGACAUAAAAAUGUUGUGUUGUUUAUAUCACAUGGUGGCUUACUGAGUCUUCAAGAAGCUGUCUACCAUGGAGUUCCAGUUGUAGGAAUACCACUAUUUGGUGAUCAGAAAGUGAAUUUGAUUCGAGCUGAGGCCAAAGGAUAUGCAGUUAAAUUACUAUUCCACAAUGUAACAGAAGAGUCAUUGCUGUGGGCAAUCAAUGAAGUUUUAACUCAGCAAAAGUACCGGCAGCGUGCAGCAGAGCUGUCGCAACUGUUCCGUGACCAGCCUCAGCAGCCUCUGGAGCGCGCCAUCUUCUGGACCGAGUAUGUGUUGCGGCACGGUGGUGCACCACACUUGCGCAGUGCAGCAUUGGACCUCUACUGGUGGCAGCUGGCAUUGCUUGAUGUUGCAGCAGCCGUUGCAGUCUGCACGCUGCUACCAGUGUUGCUCUGCCUCUUUGUGGUCCGCAGGUGCUGCCGAAGGCAUGCUACACCAGAAGUCCAUGCAGAGUCAAAGAAAAAACGGUAAUGAUGUCAACACUUUGAGACCACAAGGAACUGCAUACUGAAUUCAGUGGGAUAGAUCAGUUGCAUGCCAUAUGACCUGACUUUCCCUUCACCGCAGUUGUGUAAAUAUAAUCAAAACAUAUUGUCUGUAUGCCUCACCAUGCUAAGUUAGCAAUUUUGUGACACAGUGUUACAGGCUGAGGAUGGAUUGGUAAGCUGAAUGUAAAACAUAAUAAAUAUUUUAAUCAAAAAGUAACCUGUUUCAUUAUCUCCAUCAAUGUGCACUUCAAAACAUGUCUUUUGUGAACAUUAAUAAAUGGUUCAUAACCAGUUUGUUGUCACUAAUUUUGAAAAGAUGCACUACAUGUAGUUGACAGCUUGUGAAAGUUUUCCUCUCAGGAUAUGUCUAAAAUACAGCUAAAAUGGUUGAUGGUGAUAGUCCUGGGAUUACAACCUGAUGAUAAAUUCAGUUGGAAGGAGCAUAACACCAGUCUGGUGAAACAACUACAGAAAUUUUUAUUUGCAAUGUGGAUGUUGUCAAGGCAAAGUGAUAUAAGUGCUUUGUCAGACCACCAUGCAGUAGAACUAAGUGUGCACAUAAAAAAGGUUCCUACACACAGUUGCUAUAGAUAUAUUAGGAUGAAUACAGACCAAAAUAUAACUCAUUUGAAUAAUAUGCUAAGGAAUGUGGAUUGGAACAGUGUUCUAACAACACUUCAUAGUUAUGGCAAAUUCUCAAGUGAACUAUUCUACAUUUUUAAACAAGCCUGCCAUUUAUAAAAAAGAGAAUUCAGUCACAUGCUGUAACCCGAAACUGGAUAUCAAGUUCAGUCACUGCGGCUAGAGAAAAACUGAGAUGGUAUGAGUAUGCUAUGUUAAAUGACUUGAGCAAUAAAAAAUUAAAAGAAGAGUUCAAAAAGUAUCAGAAAUACUAUGUAGACCUCCUAAUUUUGGAAAAACAGAAACAUUUUGAAAGUUCAUUCAGAGCUCAAAUAAUAUCUCCAAAACAUCAUGGUCACUAGUAAACAGAGACAUAGGUAAAUCUGAGAAACAUACAGCUGAAAAUCACUUGCUGAUAAACGGCACAAUAGAAACUGAUCAGAAUAAGAUAGCAGAUCUAUUUAACAAUUACUUUGCCUCUGUUGGCUCCAGCAUAAACAAUCUGCUUAAAAAUCAUAAAUACAAAUUCAGAGGAACACCAGUGUCAGGAAAUAUAUUUUUGAUGCCAACAAGUAAAGAAGAAAUGAUUAAAAUAGUGAGUAGCUUAAAGAAUUCCCAUGCAGCAGGAUAUGAUGGUCUUAGUCUGGACACUCUUAAGAAAUGUAUACAUAAAAUUGCAUCACCUUUAUCAAAAGUUGUCAACUCUCAUAUGGAAGAUGUUCUAUUUCCAGAUGAGUUGAUAAUUGCUCGAGUUGUGCCUAUUUUUAAAAAAGGAAACAGGAAUCUAGUAGAAAACUUUCGACCCAUUUCUGUUCUUCCAAUAAUAUCCAAAAUCUUUGAGAAAGUAAUAUACAUAAGAAUCUGGAACUUCCUGGUAUGUAAAAAAGUGAUUUCUAAGGGGCAGUAUGGGUUUGUCAAGGGGUCGUCCACCAUUACAGCAGCAUCCAACUUAAUCGAAGGUGUCACUCAAGCAAUAGAUAAUAAAGAACAUGUAUGUGGCAUCUUUCUGGACUUACAAAAAGCAUUUGACUGUGUUGAUACGGCCAUAUUGCUGGACAAACUGUGGAACUAUGGCAUUCGAGGCAAAGCCCAUAAUUUGAUGAGGUCCUACUUGACAAAUAGGAAGCAGUUUGUGUCUAUUAGCACUACAGAGGGAGCAUACAAAUAAAACACCACUGACAUAAAUUUUGGUAUUCCACAGGGGUCAAUAUUAGGACCACUUCUUUUUGUUAUUUAUGUUAAUGAUAUUCAGUCCAUAACAAACACAAAUAAAUCUGUCUAUAUUGAAUUUGAUCUUGGGAGCCAAAAAACUCAUGAAAACCAAAUCUUAAUGGGCGACGAAUACAUUAAAAAACAAUACUCGACCAAAUUUCUUGGCCUGACACUUGAUGCGGAGUUAUACUGGUCUGAUCAUGUGAAUGAUAUUUGCAAAAAGCUAAGUAAUACCAUAUAUGUCCUAAGAAAAGUGACACCUUUUUGUAACAUCACCACUCUGAGGCAAAUAUAUUUUGCACUGCUUGAAUCCCAUCUAAGCUAUGGGAUAGAGGUAUGGGGAUCCAGCAGUAAAGGUAGUAUGAAAAGUGUACUUAUCUUACAAAAGAAGGCACUUAGAAUUAUGGGAAAGAAAUGUGCUAGGGAGUCCUGCAGAAAUUUGUUUAAAGAAUUUAAAAUACUAACUGUUCAUAACCUGUAUGUGCUGAAGAUAAUCAUUAUGGCAGUAAACAGUAACAAAACACUUAAUAAAGAAAUACUUGACCACAACACUAGAGGUAGAGAGAGACCCCACAUCAUCUCUCAUAGAACAAUACUUUAUGAGAAAAGCCCUCACUAUGCAGGCAUAAAACAACUGAAUUGCUUCCAUCCUAAUAUCUCCAAAUUGCCCAUUACAAAACUAAAAACGAAAUUAAAAUUAUGGCUCCUAAACAAUCCUGUAUAUUCAAUAGAUGAGUUUCUAGAUUUAGUAAACCCGUAUGAUGGAAGAUCACCUAUCUAAAAAUAUAUGUAAUCUCAGAUCUUAGACUGUGUCACAAACUGUAAAUAUUUGAGUGUCAGAUAUGAAUACUAUGUCACAAACUGUAGAUUCCUUCAUCUAAGUAUGGCAAUAACAAUUUUUUAUGUAUAGUCCAUAUAUGUAACUCUGUUCUCUCAACUAAAUUUAGAAAAAGUUGUGUAGAUAGAAGUGCCAGCCAAAUAAUAUGUAACCCUAGUAAGUAAGGC